AGAGGCUGCCCACCUGGAACGGAGACCGAGGUUGAGCAGGGAGCUACUCAGAGGACCCAAAGCCGCCUAGCUGACCACCUUCUUCCCUAUGAGUUCCCAGUAAUGGAGCCCAGUGGAGGAGACGCUACACUUCUCUGUGGGUGCAGAGGCUAAGGGCGGGGGUCUCCAUAGAGGCGUUAGCGCCCACCAGCAGCAGUGACCGCGCACAGGGAGGUGAAGAAUGCGACCACAGUGAUACGUCCAACCUGGAAAACGGGCCUGAGAACCAAAGGGCCAACUUCUGGCCAUGCAUAACGAAGCAGAGCAGUCUCAGGGUAGAAGGCACUGGAAAAGCGUUGCAGGACAAUUUUUCCCAGUAGAAACCGUGGGGGUGGGAGGGAGACCCGCUCACCCCUUUUGACCCACCCCUGCAGCUCAGCCACGCCUCCUAGGGAGGUGGGCAGCCUUGCAGGAGCCGGCGCGAGGCUGCAGUACCGCCCUCCGCCGCAUGAGGGCAGCACGGCCUACCCGCGCAGCAGCGGCGGCCCCCGCGCCCCUCUUGGCCAGAGCCAGGCGCAGGCCGGCUUGCGGUGCCGUCGUUCAUUGGCCGCGGCGCGGGCGCUGCCAUGUUGGCGGAAACGGACCCCCUGUGCCGUGGAAACUGGCGGUGGCCGCGGCCGCCGAGUCCAUCUGCGCAGCCUCCUGCGUUUUCUCGCUUGGAUCUUGGCACGGAGAGGCGGUGGCCGGUGGGAUGGCGAAAAGUAGGAUGAACCUGCCCAAGGGGCCGGACACGCUCUGCUUCGACAAGGACGAGUUCAUGAAGGAAGAUUUCGAUGUCGAUCAUUUUGUGUCUGACUGUAGGAAGCGGGUCCAGCUGGAAGAACUGAGAGAUGACCUGGAGCUCUACUAUAAACUUCUUAAAACAGCCAUGGUCGAACUCAUCAACAAGGAUUAUGCAGAUUUUGUCAAUCUUUCAACAAACUUGGUUGGCAUGGACAAAGCCCUCAACCAGCUUUCUGUGCCUUUGGGACAAUUACGAGAAGAGGUUCUGAGCCUUAGAUCGUCUGUCAGUGAAGGAAUUCGGGCAGUUGAUGAACGAAUGUCUAAACAAGAGGACAUUAGGAAAAAAAAGAUGUGUGUAUUGAGGCUUAUACAAGUUAUUCGGUCAGUUGAGAAAAUUGAAAAAAUCUUAAACUCUCAAAGUUCUAAAGAAACCUCUGCACUAGAAGCAAGCAGCCCCCUUUUGACUGGACAAAUUUUGGAGAGAAUUGCCACAGAAUUUAAUCAGUUACAGUUUCAUGCUGUUCAAAGCAAAGGCAUGCCUCUUUUGGACAAAGUAAGACCGCGUAUAGCUGGCAUUACAGCCAUGUUACAGCAGUCACUGGAAGGUCUCCUAUUAGAAGGCCUUCAGACGUCUGAUGUCGAUAUAAUACGGCACUGCUUGCGGACUUAUGCCACGAUUGACAAGACACGGGACGCGGAGGCCUUAGUUGGCCAAGUACUAGUGAAACCGUACAUAGACGAGGUGAUUAUAGAGCAGUUUAUUGAAUCUCAUCCCAAUGGCCUUCAGGUCAUGUAUAAUAAACUCCUGGAGUUUGUUCCUCACCAUUGCCGCCUUCUUCGAGAAGUCACAGGAGGUGCCAUCUCCAGUGAAAAAGGCAAUACUGUUCCUGGAUAUGACUUUUUGGUGAAUUCUGUCUGGCCACAAAUAGUACAAGGAUUAGAAGAAAAGUUACCCUCACUUUUUAAUCCUGGGAAUCCCGAUGCAUUUCAUGAGAAAUAUACCAUAAGUAUGGAUUUUGUCAGAAGAUUGGAACGGCAGUGUGGAUCACAGGCUAGUGUAAAGAGAUUAAGAGCCCAUCCUGCCUAUCACAGCUUCAAUAAGAAGUGGAACUUGCCUGUUUAUUUUCAAAUAAGAUUUAGAGAAAUAGCGGGAUCCUUAGAAGCAGCACUUACAGAUGUCCUGGAAGAUGCCCCAGCUGAAAGUCCAUAUUGCCUUUUGGCUUCUCAUAGAACUUGGAGCAGCCUUAGGAGGUGUUGGUCAGAUGAGAUGUUCUUGCCAUUACUGGUGCAUCGCCUGUGGAGACUCACUCUGCAGAUUUUGGCACGAUACUCUGUGUUUGUCAGUGAGCUUUCACUCAGGCCCAUUUCUAAUGAAAGUCCCAAGGAGAUCAAGAAACCUUUGGUAACUGGUAGCAAAGAACCUUCCAUCACCCAAGGAAACACUGAAGACCAAGGAAGUGGUCCUUCGGAAACAAAGCCUGUGGUUUCCAUUUCCCGCACUCAGCUCGUGUAUGUGGUUGCGGACCUGGACAAGCUUCAGGAGCAGCUUCCAGAACUCUUGGAAAUAAUCAAGCCAAAACUUGAAAUGAUUGGCUUUAAGAAUUUUUCUUCUAUCUCAGCAGCCCUGGAGGACUCCCAGAGCUCUUUGUCAGCCUGUGUGCCCUCCUUGAGUAGCAAGAUCAUCCAGGAUUUAAGUGACUCUUGCUUCGGUUUCCUAAAAAGCGCCCUGGAGGUUCCCAGGCUUUACCGAAGAACCAAUAAGGAGGUCCCAACCACAGCUUCCUCCUAUGUGGACAGUGCUCUGAAGCCCUUAUUCCAGCUUCAGAGCGGACACAAGGAUAAGCUCAAACAAGCAAUAAUUCAGCAGUGGCUAGAAGGCACUCUCAGUGAAAGCACUCAUAAGUACUAUGAAACCGUGUCAGAUGUAUUAAACUCUGUGAAGAAGAUGGAAGAGAGCCUGAAAAGGCUGAAACAAGCCAGAAAAACCACUCCCGCCAACCCCGUCGGUCCCAGUGGUGGCAUGAGCGACGACGACAAAAUCAGGCUGCAGUUGGCUCUAGAUGUUGAGUACUUGGGAGAGCAGAUACAAAAGUUGGGACUACAAGCAAGUGACAUAAAAAGCUUCCCAGCUCUCUCAGAGCUUGUUGCUGCUGCCAAGGACCAGGCAACCGCAGAGCAGCCUUAAGCAUCUUGGAAGAUCCCGAGUUUAGAUUCUUAAGCAAGAGAAGAGUUGGACUUCCAGGCUGAAGGGGAGAAAGUGACUCUGUUCUCUUAGCAACCAUCCGUAGCAAAGAAGUGCUUCCAGCAUCACUCCAGCAACACGCCCAUGCGUCUUCUCUCAGCGUAUUUGGGUCUUCCUUUGCCCAAAAGAACACAAAAGCCUUUUUCCAUUGUAUGGAAGAUAGUUUUUAAGACAUUUGAAACUUUCUACUAUAGUUUACAGAACAAAUUAUUUUAUUUUUAUUGUAAAUCUUAGUGUGGAAGAGCUGAUUUCUAAAAUAUGAUUAAAGUAAAUAUAUACCUAUGAAUAUCAAGAGUCAUCUCCCUGAGCCUGUAGUUGGAAGUGACGACUGUAGUGGAGUGAUGUCCUGUAUAGAAAUGCCCUUCUCUGAAAUAAAGAGAACUCCUGGGCUUUCUAAAGAGGCUGCGGGAAGCCAUCCUCCACUCCCACUGUGUGUGAGAGCAGUGCUUCUGAUCCUGCUGUCACCCCGACCUCUGGCAGGAGCCGGCGCCAGUAGGAAAGACCUCCUUCCUAAAUAAAAGAAGUGUCUCCCA